UUGAAUUCAACUCUGUAAUGCAGGCACAAUUGUUAAACAUGUUCACAGUGAAAGAAAUGAUGUUCCACAGUCUCAAUGUCUUUCUGGCAGAGCAACAAUGCACUCACUCACUCACACUGUAAUACACAUUACCAUGGACAUCACCGCCAACCAAUCAGCUUCUACUAUUCCACGAGUGGGCGGGACUUGCUGCUCAUGAAUAUCCAAUGAGUGCGCUCGUUGGGCACAGAACAAGGGGCUUGUGUAGUGUUUGUUUUUGCAUCCUAAAAUCGUUUCAUAUUGACACACAGGCCUGAAAGCAAGACUUAGCUGGGAAUAAAAGCGGAUUUUUUGGUUGAGUUUGUAGCUCCCCGGUGGUGGAGGGAUCUCUCGGUUCAGGAACAUCGCCCCCUGUCAGGGAACAAUGUCUGGCAAAGCCGCGGUGACAGUUGCGCUGAAGCCUGGGGGUAAAGAGGCUCCAGAGGCUCCUCAGAAAUCAUUCCCUUUUGUUUUAAAGAAGAUCAUGGACAUUCCCCCUCCUAACAUCCUGGAGGAAGCCGAGGACGAAAUAGAGAAGGAGAAGCUGUGCUCCGUUGAGGAUGUGGAGGGAGGCGGGGCUGGAGCAGCCAGUCCUGGAGGAGGAGCAGGAGGAGGAGGAGGAGGCGUAGUUGCAGGUGCUGGUGGAGGUGUUUCAGCCUCCUUAACCCCUGCCAUUUGGGACAAGACCAUUCCCUACGAUGGGGAGACCUUCCACUUGGAGUACAUGGACCUGGACGAGUUCCUCCUGGAGAACGGGAUCCCUGCGAGCCUGGAGGAGGUGAAGCUGCAGAAGACUUUAGCCUCCGUGGGAAUCAAAGCCAAAUUCCUCUCCAAGGUGACUCCUACAGCUACUCCUGCUACGACGACGUCUCCUGCUGCCGCCCCUGUCCCCGCCUCGGCGUCUUCCCCCUCGGCUUCCGCCACCUCGACGGUCACCUCAGAGCCAGAGGAACCAGUGAUCGUCACUACGUUACUGCCGGCGAAGAUAGAAGAAGAAGAAGAGGAGGAGGAGGAGGACGAGGAGGAGGAGGAGGAGGAAGCUUUGUGUCAGGAGGUUAAAGUGGAAGUGAAAGAGAAAAAAGCAGAGCGCUGCACCCCCUCCCCCGUCGACCCGGAGGCCAUUGAGGUGGACAUUAACUUCCAGCCGGACCCGACGGACCUGGUUCUGUCCAGCGUGCCGGGCGGGGAGCUGUUCAAUCCGCGCAAACACAAGUUCUCCGAAGAGGAGCUGAAACCCCAGCCCAUGAUCAAGAAGGCCAAGAAAGUGUUUGUUCCCGACGAGCAGAAGGAUGACAGAUACUGGUCCAGGAGAAAGAAGAACAACGUGGCGGCGAAGCGUUCCCGUGACGCGCGGCGGCUGAAGGAGAACCAGAUCACGGUCCGCGCGUCCUUCCUGGAGCGGGAGAACGCGGCGCUGCGGCAGCAAGUGGCCGAGCUGCGGAAAGACUGCGGCCGAUGCAAGACCAUCCUGACCCGAUACGAGGCCAAGUACGGCCCGCUGUAAUGAACUCAUUAAAACAAAACCCACGACGUAUCAAUGAGACGAAUAGCAGAACUCCCUUCCCCGCAGAAUUCAACACGGACUCCAACCACCAAGGGAAUCUAAAUUUGCAUCUUCGCCGACCUCCAGUCCAUGUGUCGAGCUCCGGUUGUGUUUUACCGACGCGAUGCCCGGGAUACACACUGGCAGGCGGCGAGGCUUCGUGAUGGGAGCGGUGGCCGCAGGAAGGCCUGUGGAAGAGCGCCUGGCUCCUACACACUCGGAGAGGAAGAUUGUGGACACUCCCGUUGUCAAACAAACAUGGAAAAUCUAAUCUGUCUCGAGAAAAGUCAGGAAAUCUGAGCAAAGUGGUACAAAAGAAUCACUUUUUUUUUACAACUGCACAGCACUUAUUCUUCUUAGUGGACCAAAGCAUGUCAGUUUAGAAGUCCUGUAUUUAGAGUGGUGCACACUUUGCCGUCCCUCACAUUUCCUCGUGGUGCACUCAUGUUUGUGUCGUGUGUGUACUUCCUUUUAAAAACGCCAGCUGAGGCCAAGACGAUAGGAUAGUGACAGAGGAUAAAGAAGCAGGAGAAAGAUUCAGGUACUUCCAGAGAGAGGAAGCAGAGAGGAGGAGAAAAUGAGUGAUUCAGUCACAGUUCUUCCACAUCACCACAAAAUCUCUUUGUGUAUAUAGUCGUCUCGCCAGUGUUUAAACACCAUGGGAGACAGUAUAUUUUUUAUCAGGGGGAAAAACAUGCAUGCCCUACAAUUUUAAGCUACUGUGAUGUGGUUCCCUUUUUCUACAGACCUCAGAUCAGCUUCCAGAGACCUCACGCGAGAAGACAGAUGAGUAUAGCAAGAAGAGAGAUUUAUUUCUUGUAUGUUACUUUUUAAGGCCUAUGUUUGAUGGUGUCCAGGGCCCUCACCAGUGGGAGGGGUAUGCUCAUGGGUAGGGAAGUUUAUUUUACUUCACAUUGCAGGUAGAGGGCGCUAGAGCCCCCGUGUGUCUGGUCAUGGGGUAAAGACCUGGGCUGGAUUUUAUUUUUUUAAAGAUUUAACCAGGCCCAAAGUCGACUGGUUCUAAACAAAACUUUGUAAAUAUAGUUCUUGAUUUACUAAGAGUCUCUAUAAGCCCAAUAUUAUUCCAUAUGUUUGCCAAAUGAGUGCUGUAUUUAUUCUGAUGGUAAUAAUGCAUCUGUUGAUUUUGAUGUAUCACAACAUGUCAGAUAAUUUCCUUUGAGGAACAAUACUUCUAUAAUGAAACCAUUGCAGGGAAAUCAAAGAGUAAACUGUGCUUUUGGAUGUUUAAACAGAUUUAUAUAUAGUUUUGUUUUGUUUCUAUAUAUAUAUUCAUACAACAUGUGUCUGAACACAGAGAAGACGCUCUUAUUUACCUCAUCCAACACUUCCUAUUUUACAUGAUAUAAAGUUUAGCAGGGUUGGAACCAGAAAGCACAUAAAGCAGCUUAUUUCCAUUUGGCAGAACUCCGAGUGGAUACGUGGGGUUAUUUUUGCUGAGUUUCUAAAUUAUUAAAUAGAUUUCAGACUGUUAUGGGACUCGAUAGCUCAAAUGUCUUUGGCUGAUGCACAUUUUGUGCUCGGUUUGGGUUGUGCUCAUAAUCGCCGUGAUAAUCUUGGAAAGAAAAAAAGAUGUGGCAAUAAUACUCUGUUAUGUAAUGCUCGUUUUAUUUCAGUGAUGUAUGUAAAAGUAUUAUGAUGUACUGAAUAGAAAUGCCCCAAAGUCAUUUGUGCUUCCAGUUUAGAUCCUCUGUAGUCCGGGAUCCUAAUGCAUGAAACCCAGUGACCUUGUCUUUGUUAUUGCGCUGAAUAUUUCACACAAAGUGUACUUAUGUCUGUAAACCAUCACUGAAAUCUCCAUAUGUUUUUAGAUGGGUACGUUGAUGGUCUAUUGUACAGUUCUGUCAGAAGUUUGCAACGAUCUCCUGUGUUUACGACUUGCAUACUAGCGCCAUCUAUCCUCGUGCAGCCAGUGCUUGUCCUUGGGGCGAACAUCAGCAGAAAUCAUCUUUUGAUCACUGUGUGGAUUGUUUUCUAUUAACUCAACAUUGAUUUAUAUCUAGAUACACUGGGUCAGUUUGUGAUUUUGUGACUUUUUCUUAGCAACGUGUUUAUGUUGCUUCGAUUGCAUUUUAUACAUCAGUGUCGUUGAUGAAUGCAAACGUUUAGUUACGUUUGUUAACUACCUUAAAAAUGUUCUACAACAGCAGCCAGGCUGACUAUAGAGAGGUGCAGUGAUGUACACUAUAUUGACAAAAGUAUUGGGACACCUUCACAUUACACCUACAGGAGCUUUUAUGACAUCCCAUUCCAAAUUCGUAGGCAUUAAUAUGAAGUUGGUCCCCCUUUGCAGCUGUAACAGCUUCCACUCUUCUGGGAAGGCUUUCAGCAGGAUGUUGGAGUGUGUCCUAUUCAUCCAGAAGAGCGUUUGUGAGGUCAGACAGUGAUGUUGGACGAGAGGGCCUGACUCUCCGUUCUAGUUCAUCCAAAAGGUGUUCAGUGGGGUUGAGGUCAGGGCUCUGUGUGGGCCAGUCCAGUUCUUCCACAUCAAACUCAUCCACCAUGCCUUUAUGCUUUGUGCAUUGGGGCACAGUCCUGCUGGAACAGAAAAGGGCCUUACCCAAACUGUUUCCACAAAGUUGGAAGCAUAGAAUAGUCCAGAAUGAUUUGGUAAGAUGAAGCAUUGAGAUCCCCUUCACUGGAACUACAGCUGAAUUCAAUGAUUAAGAGGAGGGUCCCAAUACUUUUGUUUAUAUAGUGUAUGUUUGAAGGCCGACCUGGAAGUUAACAUUAGCAUUGGAUUUCAGAAUGUUGCAGAAACAAAAUCUGUAGCAAACACACGUUUAUGAUACUUACAUGUUUGAUUCAGCAAGAAAAUCUCCAAAUGUUAAAAAUGCUUUUAUGUUUUAAAUGCAGUCGCUGUAAACACACAACAACAUGGUUGCAUGACUUUGAGUCACCACAGCUAAGCUAAAGGCGGCUGAUCUUCAGUGUGGACAUGUGUUAGCUACUGCUGUGCUUAUGACACUUAGAAGCUCCAGACAUUCACCAGUGGGGAAUUUAGUGACUUUUAGAAUACAAUUCAAACGUGUUAAAAAGAAACAUUGAAGUUGAGACGAGGGAACUUUAGCAAAAUGCUAACUCCAGGUUUUAGGCCUCAUUCCUGCACCACUCUAUAGCUACAGGCCAAGAGAUUAUUUUAAAAGACAGAAGUACAGAUUCUUUAAGUACAGGAUACGGCAUGUAGCAACGUUUUGUUGUGCUACUAACUCUUAAAGCCUGCACAUUUUUAUUUAGCAGGCGUUCAAACCAGUAGGAAAGGAAGAAAGCAGCGGUUUAGAUCUGCAGCUGUGUCGCUUCCUACAGAUGGAAACAGUAAUGGCGUCUUUAGUGAUUUUCUUUGUGUCUGUUGGAGGGUUUGAAUAUAAACUCUAUCCUCUCUUAUACUGACAGAUAUAUUUGUUGUGUUUCAAGUGUCUCUUGCCAAACGCGUAACAUAAUUGCAGCUGUAAUACUUUACCUGCAGGUUGCACAGGUGUGAAUUGUUGUUUUUGUGCGUCUAGUUGGCAAACAUUAGCAUCUAUAAAGGUCUAAACUGCUGUUUUCUAGCCUGAAACUGUUGCUGCAUCAUAAUAAUGACCCAAUGUCUUUGUUUGCUAUUCAAAGUAGCUUUAAAACACCUGAAGAAAUCAUCCAUUUAUUUCUAAGCUGUUGUGAUUUGCUUGAUUUCCCCCCUUUUUUAUAUAAACAUAUGUUUUUGUUAAGUGUUUUUUUAUUGUCCUAACCAUGUAUAGGAUGCAGUACUAUGUCCUAACUGUAUCUUGUAUCAUGCAAUUGAAAAUAAAUCGAGAUUUAAUGACA